GGGCCUGCGGCGGCCCGGUGGCAAGCGGGCGGGUGCUGCACGCGGCGCAGGCCGAGGACGUGGCGUCGGCCUCCAACUUCCGCGCCUUCGAGCUGCUGCACCUACACUUGGACCUGCGGGCCGAGUUUGGGCCUCCGGGGCCGGGCCCGGGCAGCCGCGGGCUGAGCGGCUCGGCGGUGCUGGACUUGCGCUGCCUGGAGCCCGGCGGCGCCGCGGAGCUGCGGCUGGACUCGCACCCGUGCGUGGAGGUGACGGCGGCGGCUCUGCGGCGGGAGCGGCCGGACGCGGGGCAGCCGGAGCCGGAGCCGGAGCCGGUGCCGGUGUGCACGCGGCCCUUCUCGCACUACGGCCAGGCCCUGUGCGUGCUCUUCCCGCAGCCCUGCGUCGCCGGCGAGCGCCUGCGGGUGCAGCUCACCUACCGCGUCGGCGAGGGACCCGGGGUUUGCUGGUUGGCUCCGGAGCAGACGGCAGGAAAGAGGAAGCCCUUUGUCUACACGCAGGGUCAGGCUGUCCUGAACCGGGCCUUCUUCCCCUGCUUCGACACUCCUGCGGUGAAAUGCACGUACUCCGCUCUUAUUGAGGUCCCAGACGGCUUCACAGCUGUGAUGAGUGCUAACACCUGGGAGAAGAGAGGUCCAAAUAAGUUCUUCUUCCAGAUGUGUCAGCCCAUCCCGUCCUAUCUGAUAGCUUUGGCCAUUGGAGAUCUGGUUUCGGCUGAAGUUGGACCCAGGAGCUGGGUGUGGGCCGAGCCCUGCCUCAUCGCAGCUGCCAAGGAGGAGUAUGACGGGGUCAUAGAGGAGUUCUUGGCAGCGGGAGAGAAGCUUUUCGGACCCUACGUCUGGGGAAGGUACGACGUGCUCUUCAUGCCGCCGUCCUUCCCGUUUGGGGGGAUGGAGAACCCCUGCCUGAGCUUCGUCAGCCCCUGCCUGCUGGCCGGGGACCGCUCCUUGGCCGGCGUCAUCAUCCACGAGAUCGCCCACAGCUGGUUUGGGAACCUGGUCACCAACGCCAACUGGGGGGAGUUCUGGCUGAACGAAGGCUUCACCAUGUACGCCCAGAGGAGGAUUUCCAGCGUCCUGUUUGGAACCGCCUACACCUGCUUGGAAGCCGCCACCGGGCGGGCUCUGCUUCGGCAGCACGUGGACAUCACGGGCGAGGAGCACCCUCUGAACAAGCUGCGCGUGAAGCUCGAGCCAGGUGUCGACCCAGACGAUACUUACAACGAGACCCCCUACGAGAAAGGCUUCUGCUUUGUCUCCUACCUGGCCCACCUGGUGGGUGACCAGGACCAGUUUGACGAGUUCCUCAAGGCCUACGUGGACGAGUUUAAGUUCCAGAGUGUCCUGGCCGAUGACUUUCUGGAAUUCUUCUUGGACUAUUUCCCUGAGCUGAAGAGGAGGAGGGUGGAUUCCAUCCCGGGGCUUGAAUUUGAUCGCUGGCUAAACACCCCGGGCUGGCCCCCCUACCUCCCUGACCUCUCCCCCGGGGACUCCCUCAUGAGGCCGGCCGAGGAGCUGGCCCAGCUGUGGGCGGCUGAGGAGCUGGACGUGAGGGCCAUUGAGGCUGUGUCCACCUCUGCCUGGAAGACCUACCAGCUGGUUUAUUUCCUGGAUAAGAUCCUCCAGAAAUCUCCUCUCCCUCCCGGGAAUGUGAGAAAACUUGGAGAGACGUACCCGAAGAUCUCAAAUGCCCAGAAUGCGGAGCUACGGCUGCGAUGGGGCCAGAUUGUCCUCAAGAACGACCACCAGGAGGAUUUCUGGAAAGUGAGGGAUUUCCUGCACAGCCAGGUAGCCUCAUGGCUGCAACCUGUGAGAUUAGCAACGUUUUUAGCAACUACUUCAGUACGAUGUACAGCCCGGAGGACCCCAAUCUGGCCUCUGUUCCCCCUGCCGCCGCUUUCGGGGCCGAUGACCUGGUGCUGGCUCUCAGCAGCCCACAGAUGCCCCUGGAGGGCACAGACAAGGCCAGCUGGUUGGGGGAGCAGCCCCAGCUCUGGUCCAAGGCCCAGGUCCUGGACUGGAUCAGCUACCAAGCGCAGAAGCACAGGUACGACGCCAGCGCCAUCGACCUCUCGCGCUGUGACAUGGACGGGGCCGCACUCUGCCGCUGCGCCCCUGAGGAGCUGCGCCUGGCCUUCGGGCCCCUGGGGGACCAGCUCUACUCCCAGCUGUGGGACCUCACUUCCAGCUUUCCCGACGAGCUCAGCUGGAUCAUGGAGCUUCUGGAGAAGGACAGCAUGGCGCUUCAGGAGCCCCUCGGGGACCAGGGCCCCUUCGACCAGGGAAGCCCCUUCGCCCAGGAGAUGCUUGAGGACUGCAGACAGGCCAGCCCCUUCUACCCCGGCAGCUUCGGCACGGGGGCCCCCUCCCCGGGCAGCUCUGACGUCUCCACCGCAGGGUCUGGCGCUUCUCAGAGCCCCCAGGCCUCAGACUCCGGUGGAAGCGACGCGGACCUGGACGCCCCGGACAGCAAGCUCUUCCCUGGGGACGGCCUUCCCGACUACAAGAAGGGCGACCUUAAGCAUGGGAAGCGGAAACGGGGCCGGCCCCGAAAGCUGAGCAAGGACUCCCGGGAGUGUCUUGAGGGCAAGCAGAGCAAGCGCGCCCCCAGAGGCACCCACCUGUGGGAGUUCAUCCGCGACAUCCUCAUCCACCCGGAGCUCAACGAGGGCCUCAUGAAGUGGGAGAACCGGCAAGACGGCGUCUUCAAGUUCCUG